GGGCAGAAUGGCCAACUUCAAGGGACAUGCAUUACCUGGUACAUUCUUCCUGCUGUUUGGCCUGUGGUGGUCGAUAAAGUACUUGUUCUGACAGAUACAGAGGAAAAAAGAGAGGCAACAUGGAGACAGAGACAGACAAAUGCACACUGUACUCUUCAACCGCAUAGAUUUAAUUGAAGGAGCUCUGAAGAUCUUUUUUGCAUUUGUUGGGAUCAUGGCAGAGCAGUUUGUGCCUGAUGGCCCUCAUGCACAUCUGUAUCAGGACGGCUGGGUGAAGCUGAUGAACUGGCAGCACAGCACCAUGUACUUGUUUUUCGGUAUCUCUGGCAUUGCAGAUGUUCUCAGCAUGUCUUCUCGCCACGUGCCAGUUAGUCUUGACCGCCUCUCUCUUUCCUUGGCUCUCUUUGUGGAAGGGUUCCUUUUCUAUUUCCAUGUCCACAGUCGUCCCGCUCUGGACCAGCACAUUCACUCUCUGCUUCUGUUUGCGGUGUUUGGUGGAUCCGCCAGCACAAUGCUGGAAGUGUUUAAGCGAGAUAACGCAGUGCUGGAACUUCUUAGGGGCAGUUUGGCCAUCCUACAAGGCACAUGGUUCUAUCAGAUUGGGUUUGUGCUGUAUCCUCUAAAUGGAGAACAGUGGGAUCUGGACAGACAUGACAACAUCAUGUUCAUCACCAUGUGCUUCUGCUGGCAUUAUGCUGUGGCUCUGCUUGUUGUGGGCAUCUGCUAUUGUGGAGUUUUUUGGUCUUCAAAAUGGUGUGAAGGAAGAAAGCUAGGUGACAUGGAGAUGGGCCGCAGAAAGUGCACUGCCUCGGAUUCUAGCACCCAGAAGGCUUUGCUCCAGGAAUCAGAUGAAGAGUAGAGAGAGCCUGUGAUGACUGCCAGGACUGAAUGCAAAGCUUUUUGCCCUUUUCUGUUCUAACAAGCUGUCUUCCAAUAGGACUAUAUGACUUUGUUUGCAUAAUUUCACUGCAAAACAUUCUCAUGUCCUCAUGCUGAAAAUAUCGUAUCAAAAUGGACUUGUAAAUAAUGUGGUUGUCACAGGUGUCAGAAGCACCUGGAAUAACCCUGAGAUUUGUCAAACUAGAGGUAAAGAAUAGAUCAUGACAUUCUUUUAAGAUAUCAAACAC